AUGUUUUAAGUAAAAAUAAUAGAAAAUGAAAAAGAUCUACAAUGUGCUAUGAAACAUGAAUUACCUGUCUUAAUGGUAAAUCUAAAUCCUAAUCUUCAAUCAAAUUAAAGACUUUUAUGUGAGAAAUGCCUUUAUUAUUUUGAAUCAGAUGCCAAGAUGAUUGGAUUCAAGAAAAUUAUUCAAAUGAUAGAAGAAAAUAAGAAGAAGUCUUUCGAUAACUGUGAAAAUCUUAUAAAACUUAACAUCAACAAAGUUUAAUCAAUCGAAAGUCACAUUUAAUAGUUGAAGUCUAAACUUAAUUAAUCAUUAAAUUAAAUACUUCAAGAAAUAAAAGAAUGGGAUGCUAAUUUACAGUCCCUUAUUGAAAAGUCCUCAGAUAUUAGCUUCUUUUAAGAAAUAAAUAAUAUAAUUCUUAAUUAAUAAUCACAUCUCAAAGAUCAAUCGAAUUUAUCAGAUUAAAUUAAGAUAUUAAAUGAUAAUUGGAAUAAAAAAAUUAUCACUAAACUAGAGUCAUUAACAUCAUUUAAUGAAUUUUAAUUGUGUAAGGAAAUAUUAAAUGGUCUAAGUUAGCAAUCUAUUUAAGAAUACAACUGA